GUCCGUUGUUUUGUGCGCGCUGAGAAGGAGUUGGGUACGGUGAGCGUUGGGCAGAUUGUUCCUCCUCUUCCUUUUAGCCCCCCCCCAACCCGCUUUGUUGGUUGUUCUUUUUCUUGCUGCCCCUGGGAAGCGUCGGACUCUGGCGAUGCCCGAGUUUUUGGCAGACCCGUCGGUGCUCACCAAGGAGAAGCUGAAGAGCGAACUGAUCGCUAACAAUGUGAGCCUGCCGGGAGGUGAGCAGCGCAAGGAUGUUUAUGUGCAGCUCUACCUUCAGCACCUCACUGCCCGCAACGUGCCUGGAGUCCCCGCGCAGCCGGACUUCUCCAGUGACGAGGAGCGGGAGCCGACCCCGGUUGCCGCCAGGAACAGAGGGGGCGGUGGUAGCACUGCUACCGUCACUGUGGGCCGGAAAGCAACAAAGAAAACAGAUAAGCCAAGGCUAGAAGAACAGGAUGAUAUAGAUAUAGCAGAACUCAGUAAUGAAGAACUUAAAGAUCAACUCCUGAGAUAUGGUGUGAAUCCAGGUCCUAUUGUUGCUACUACAAGGAGGCUUUAUGAGAAGAAGCUACUGAAGUUGAAAGAACCAUCCCAAGAGCUAAGUUCUUUCAUAGCUACACCAACAUUUUCUUCAUCUGCAGAAAGCAAUAAGCAGAAUGGAAAUGAUGAUUCUGAUCAGUUCAGUGACAAUGAAGAAGAUCCUAAAACAGAGUUCAGACUUGAGAAGCGAGAACCACUGAAGGGUAAAACAAAAACUUCAUUAACACUUAAACAAAGAAGAAUUGCUGAAAAUAACCAGGAUGGCAUUACUGAGACAUUCUGGAGAAGUGGAUCUUCAAAAAGUGGACUUCUGCAGGCAGUGUCUAGGGAAUCUGCAAGAGUAUCAAGAAGAACACCAAGAAAAAGGGUUGAAACUACAAUUCCAUUGCCUGUACAUGAUCCAGUAAUAUCAGAGAGUACUCCCAUAGCUGUAGUGGCUUCAAGCAACGAGACUCUACAGGUUGUCAAUAGGGUACCUGGAAAUACCAAGCAUGCUGAUCCUAUACUGUCAAUCAGUGACUUCUCAGAGUUGCCAAGAAGAACACCAAAGAAACCAUUGAUGACAGCUGAAGUCAUCGAGAAAAUGUCUACAGAGGAUACAAGAUUAGAAAGAGAUAUUCUUAAAGAAAUGUUUCCAUAUGAAGCAUCAACACCUACAGGAAUUAGUGCUAGCUGCCGCCGACCAAUCAAAGGCGCUGCUGGUCGACCUAUAGAGUUCAGUGAUUACCGGCUGGAAGAAACAUAUUCAUCAAAAUAUAUUCCUAAAUAUAUUGCCUCAGCAGAAGUCCAGCAAGAAAAAACAACAAUUAAAAAGCACUCCAUUCCUUUGUGGAUAAAAUUUCUGCUGCUCUUAGUUGUUGCAGUCUUCUUGUUUUUCGUCUAUCAGUCCAUGGAAACCAACCAAGGAAAUCCAUUCUCCAAAUUCCUUACUGCUGAGAAUCCAGCAAAAACAAUAGAUUGAGUUUUUAUUUCUGUGGCACAUACAACUAGGUCUCCUAUUUUUAAUAUAGAGAUGUCUUCAUCCUUUCUCAUCUUUUGAGACUGCAUAUAGAUAAUAACAAUGUGGAAAAAUGAAAAAUGGAACAAAACAAAGACAAUAAAUGGAUAUCACCAACUUCUUUCAAAAUUAGGAGAACACUGUGCCAUAAGUAGUAUUUUUAGAUUUCUCUGGAACUACUUGUAGGAUUUAUUUUUUUAAUGUGGACUUCAUUAUGUUCAUUUGAGAUUGUAUAUUUGAUUUUAUAAACUUGGAAGCUCAAAAUGGGCAGAAGUGAUAGUAAAAUGUGAAGAUGUGUUUAAAUGUUUUUACUUCAGGCUAAGAUACUGUACUGAAAUUUUCUUUACUUUGUCUAUUAUCAGGGGUGGGAAGAGGUACAUUGAUAAAAGGAAAUGCAUUUUUGAAUGCAUUUUGUGGAAACUGCAGCUAAGUUUAGUGUAGUUUUUAAGGGGCUUCAGCAUUUUUCUGUAGAAUAUUGUAAUCUCAAUAAAUAAAUGGUAAACGUAUACAUCUCUGUCUUAGUUUUAAUUGUAGUAAUGAUACUUGAACUUAUCCUUAAUUUUUAAUCAUAGCUACCUAUUUUAGUGCUUAAUCCUAUAAUUCCUGAUCUAAUUGACUAUUGUUGUCCUUAGAACAAUAUUUAUUAGUACAGUUUUGUGAAAUAAAGCUUACUCAAAUAAAUUGGUUUACUUAUUUUAAUUAAUAAUUAAAAUGUGAAAUCAUUAUCUGCAGACUUAUUUUAUUUCAAAAGAGCCAUGUUCUCCAGCCUGAAUCCCAUUUUUAAAUUUCAUAUUUUUCAGUGGUAUUUUAUUUGAAACAACACUGAUAUACCAAAAUGUAAUGUAAUUCUUAUGGUAUAUAAAGGGCAUUUGUAAUAUAUAUGUGAUGAACAAAGGUUAAACAUGUUUCCCAUCGAUGCAGUUAUUUUGGUCCACCAUAACUUGCCUCAGAUUGCCUUUUCCAAUGAAAUAAAUAGUUCAUUUUUACUGUGGAUUAUUACAUAUCAAGUGAAUGUAUCAAUUUGCGGCAUAUUCUAUACAAAAUUGCAAUAAAGUUAUUUUUA